CACAUAACCUUCACAUCAUCUCGUGAGUAUAUUUGCGAGUAAAAAUUUAGAAAACUUGAAGACUCGUUCUCGUGUUUAUACUUAGUAAUUGCACUCGUCUUCUUCAUAUGAAUAUCAUUAUAUGACAUUUCUAAACAUUUUAACGUUUAUACAUUGAUACGAUUGAUGUUCAUAAUUUCCCACUUAAGAAAUGUGGCCAUUGAUAGUGAGAUCCUUGGGCCAGUUUGGUAAAUACAUAAUGUUUCCUGUCGUGGUUGUUAUUGGCGUUGUUGGAUACAAUGUAGAGGGAUGGAUAUCCGACCGUUACACUCCGCCGACGGAACCCAUCACGCAGCAACGGCAGGAGAGGCUACUAGAAAAUAUAGACUCCUCAACUACCAAGAAAAAACACAACCCUUUAGAAAUUAAUCUUUCGCCGUCAUUGUCUAGUUAGGUGUACGCUCUGUCACUAAUUACAUUAUGGAAAAUAAUAAUCACAUUUACAGAAAGCGUAAAUAAAUUGCUCAGCUAAUAGUA